AUGGGAAUUUUGCAUACUAGUUGUGUAAGAGAGUGUACGAAUAGAGAUUAAAAUUCUAAUUAAGAAUUACAGGUGAUUUAGAAUAAAUAGAUUUAAAAAAUAUAACAUCAUUUAACAAAUGAAUAUGAGACAUCAAAGACAACAUUAAAAGGAACAAGUUAGUUAAGUGAUACAGAAAAAUUUAUGGAAAUAAAGGAAGAGGAUUAAUCUAGUAAUUUAAAAAUAAAUCCAGUACCAGCAUUUGUUUUAAAUAAAUAAUUGCAUUAAUUUAUAGUUCCAAAAAGAGAAAACCGAUUUAUUUAAGAUAUUGAAUAUGAAGUCAAAUAAAAAAUUCAACAAAUGUACUUAUACCUUAAAAAGUGUAGAUAAAAUAAGGAAAAAUUUAAAGCUUUAUAAUUAAAGUAUUCCAAAAUAAAUGAUUAAUAAUAACCAUAAAAAUUUGAUAAGUGUUCCUCCAAUGUUCUAAAUUAUAUUAAUAAAUAACAUGUANUUUCCUUUCAAAGCUUCCACUAAUGA